CCCCUGACGCAGACUCUCGCAUUCACGCGCUCAUAAGUUUGAAGCAAAGCCUCCCUCAGCUCAAUUCCAGCAGCCCGUGAUUAAGACUGCGGUCACUUUCUUUCGGAAAUCUAUAACACGGCUCUACAGACGGCCGUCUUGCUAUGAGGACUUGAGGGAGGCGAUAAGCGCGCGGUCUGGUUCAUUUGGGAGUUUUUGGCGAUCCGAAUUAACGACAUCUGAGUGCGCGAGCUCGUUGCGAGAGGGGCAGAGGAAUGUCGCGCGAUCCGGACGAGGUGAACAAACUGACCGAGAGCACUUACAAGAAUGUUAUGGAACAGUUCAACCCCGGGUUGCGUAACCUCAUAAACCUGGGAAAGAGCUACGAGAAAGCGGUUUCAGCCAUGGUUCUGGCUGGGAAGCAGUACUUUGAUGCUGUAUCUAAGAUCGGGGAGAACGCAGCCAUAUCUCCAGUGUCCAGGGAACUGGGGGUUGUCCUGAUGGAGAUCUCAGACGUCCAUCGGAAAGUCAACAUAGAACUGGAGGAGAACUUCAGACUGUUUCAUCGGGAGGUUAUUGCAGAGUUGGAGAGGAAAACUGACAUGGAUGUGAAAUACAUGACGGCCACGUUUAAGAGAUAUCAGACCGAACACAAGAUGAAGCAGGACUCGCUGGAGAGAUCGCAGUCAGACCUGAAGAAACUCAGAAGGAAAAGUCAAGGAAAGAACGCAUCGAAGUAUGAGAGUAAAGAGAAUGAGUGUCUUGAGACUCUCACUCACCGUCAGAUGGACAUGCAGAAGUUCAUCGCUGAAGGCUGCCGGGAGGCUCUGCUGGAGGAGAAGAGGCGCUUCUGCUUCCUGGUGGACAAGCACUGCAACUUCUCCUACCAGAUCUCUAAUUUCCAUGAAAAGGCUCGAGAACUUCUGACGGAGAACCUGUCCACCUGGCAGGACAAAUGCGGUGACGCUGCCAAUGUCCCCGAUAGUGUAAUGUCCAUGAUUGAAGGUCUACGCACUCCAGCGUCCAACACUCCCCAGGCGUCUCCAGCCCUCCAGCACCACAACAGAGCUAACUCAGACGCUAUGAUUCCAGCACCUCCAGCACCACCUCAGACGAGUCCCCUGGCCAACAUGUUCAAUCAGGAGACCUCCAGGAGAGAGGAGAGAGAGUCUGAAUACAGCAACGAGGACAGCGGAUUGUCUAGGUCUGUGUCGAUGGCCACUGGCCUCAAUCACAUAGACAGAAGACCCAAAGUGCGCACCAUUUUCCCUCACAAGUCUGGAAACAACAACACGCUACUGAGUUUUGAAGAAGGAGACAUUAUCUCACUGCUGAUUCCUGACGAGAGAGAUGGCUGGCUUUACGGAGAGCUGCAGAAAAACAAACAACGGGGCUGGUUUCCAUCAUCUUACUGUCGCGUAUACACAGAGCUAGCGGUAAAUAACAGUAUUGCUGGAAAUCCUCCGAUGCGCAGUAAGAGUGUGGCCAACCUCAUGCAGAAGGACCCAGAGGACGACAUGAUGGUUCUGCCUCCAGCGGACUACAACGAUUCCCCUGUCAGGAGAAACUCCACCAAGAGUCUGAUGCAGACAUACACCUCCACAUAUGAAAACCCGGUGGUGCCUCAGUCAAACGGGCUGCCAAAGCAUCCUAUCCUAGGGGGAGGGAAUCCAUUCGCUACCGUCAAACUUCGGCCCACAGUCACCAAUGACAGAUCAGCUCCCCUCAUCUGAUCAAAACCACCGAGGAUGCUGGGAGUACUCACAGGACUUAUACACACACACACACACACACACAUCACAUACUGUUCAACCACUAUUUAUGUCAGUCCCCUUUAAACCUCUCUCUCUGUGUGUGUAUUAAUGUAUACACACUGACACACAUACAUGUGUGUGUAUAUAUAUAUAGAGAGAGAGAGAGGGAAUCAAUGUACAUGCAUUUAGUUGUAAUGAUCCAUAAUCAGAUGCUUAACUUUCAGAGUAUCAUUCUGUAAAUAUAUGAGAGAAGAUGGGUGUGAUCUUAAGUUUUUUUUAAAUCAUUGUCAAGAUAUUUUCUAACAUGUACACUAGAUGGGAACCUGCGUUAGCAGAAACUCCUGAUGAUAGUGAUGUGAACCGAAACACUGAUGAGAAACUCAACUUACAUGUACUGUUGAUGCUGUCUGAACUGGUCUCUAACCCUCAAAACACUCGAGCUGGUAACUAAUGGAGGAGCUGAGCGUGAAGUGAUUAAAGCAUUGUGCUUCCAGUGACUGGAAAGCAGAGCCGUGUUCAAGUAAGCACGUUUACCAGAGUUAGCUGGCUAACUCGCUCAGCUGGCCUCGAGGAGCACAGUCGAGAGUCGAGACCUCGUCCAGUGUGCAGGCAACACCGUCAUCUACACAAGCCCUUUUAGCUCAUUUUGUCUUUUAGAUCAUCGAUGCUUUUAGAACGAGGGAGCUUUGCUUUUAUCAGCAUAGUCUUAACACUGAAUAAUGAUCCAUUGUCAGCCAGUGGAUAGUGAUUUAUUUAUCUUCUGCUUGGGGGAAGCUAUUCAUUUGGCUUUGAUUGUAUCAAUGCACUUUUCUGUUGAUGCUGGCCUGAGAUCUUGUAGAUCACUGCUGUAUGAAAAUAAAAAUAUUUUAUUUCUAAA